ACUGUCAUUUACCGUUUGCUGUGUCAAAAGGAAAAAAAAAAUCCGGAAAGUUCGUUCCAGAAAAGCGUCGGCGUGUGUUUCAAAAAUAAUAAUUGUCGCUUUUAAUUUCUGUGUUAACUGUUUAUACUGUUCGACAUAUCAAAUAUCAAGAAAAUGGCAAGCGUCUCACCCAAUACCAAACUUGCCUGUGGCACCGAUCCCGGAGCCAUCGUUUCCCGCCUGGAGACUGUCUACGGCAAUCUGCAUGCUUCCAGCCCAAGGGAUGUUAAGACCUUAAACACAUCCCAGAAUAAAAGAGGUCCAUGGAGCCAUCGUGGCCUUGAUAAUAACAACAAUAUCUGCUCCCUGCCCAAGCCGGAGCUUCCUGGGCAGGUUGAGGAACAGCAAACAGAACAGCAGGAGCAGAAGAUCAAGUAUGAGCUUCCAUCUGGUUACCAGGGCACAAAAAUCUGCUCCUGUCUUCGUCCGCCGCGGGCCUAUGAAUGUGGUGUUUGCCACCAUUAUUUCCAAGGUCGUCUCUCGCAGAUUUGCGAGAAGCAUCCAUCGGAUGUGUUCCUCAUGGACUUGCGCGAAUGUCCAUAUUGCAUGGCCCAAUUGGAAAUGAUCAAGGAGUCGCCCAUCAGCUGGGAGAACAUUCGUAAAUUCGAAGACGCUCCUCUGCCCUCGGACAGUGAUAUUUAAAACCGAGUUUGAGACUCGUGGAAGAUAUGCAUUCUCACCUAAAAAAGUACAUAAAAUGUCAUAUGUAGAUCAAAACAUAACAUAGAUCCUAAGAAAUGACUACUAAUAACACGUUUGUUCACCUAA